AAAUCCCUUAAAACAAACAAAUGAUCAUUAAGAAGUUUUUUUUAAUGGCUUUAUGGCUGAUUUUAGAAAGUUUUCAGGUUGUGGUUCUAUCGCUGAUUAACAAUCAUCUCACGUGUCCCUGUCAUGUAGAUGUGACACCAAGCAGCAGAAACUUUGUGACUUUUCACACAAAUUAAAAACACAGACAAAAUCACAGAACGAUCGAAGCGAUAUAAUAUUCCUGCCAUCACAGGUUCAUGUUGUUAUUUUUUCCAUUAAAGUGUGAUUUCAAGAACUCAAAAACCUGAACAUUUUCCCUAAAAAGUUUCGACUCCUUUCCAGAUCCCAUCACGUCCCGGAUGCCUGUCUGGAGGAAGAUCUCGCUCUUUUUCUUCUGAUAAAAAAGAAACACAGAUUCUGCUUAAAUGCAGGUUUUAUUUCGAACUGAUACGUAAGAUACUGAUACUCUAUACUUUCUUCAGUCAUCUCCAGACUGAGUUUUUCUUUUUCAUUGCUCUCUUGAGUACUUUUUCUCUCCUUCUCCUUAUUUACUUUGCUUUGUUUGUCGUCUUUCUUUCUUUCUUUCUUUCUUUCUUUCUUUCUUUCUUUCUUUCUUUCUUUCUUUCUUUCUGUAUGAAAGGAUUUGGUAAAAAGACAGACCGUUUUUUCCCCAGCUGACUUCAGGGUGUUUUGUUUAAAAAGAGGGGGAAAAAGAAAGAAAGGUUGAGUAUGUGUAGUGAUAGUCUGUUAAAUCAACAAGGGCAACGUCAUGACCUUUAAAGAACAAGUGCACUCUCUCUCUCUUUCUCACUAUCUCUCUCUUUCUCUCUCUGUCUCUCUCACAUCUUCUUUCUCUCUUUUACUCUCUCUGAUUGGCUGCGUUAAACUCCGUCAGUGUCGGUGCUGAGACACACACACAGAGAGAGAGAGAGAGAGAGAGAGAGAGAGAGAGAGAGAGAGAGAGAGAGAGAGAGAUGAAGCGGGUCUGUGCGCUCGUGGAUGAAAGCGCGAUUCGGUAACAUAAGCAAUCACCAGGGGACUAAAUCCGAUCGUUUGCGUCUCCGCGCGCUCCGCUUCAUUGAUCCUUUGAUCUGCGCUUGAUUUUCUUUGAGGGAAUUUUAUUUAGAAAUGCGUGCCAUCGCGUGCCAUCGUCGUCGCCUCCUGUUCGCUCCGCUCUCCUGCCCUCUGGUCUUCGCACGCCGUUCGCGCGCUUGACGCAGCGUCUGAUGAGAGAGCUCGUGGGCCAGCGGCGAGCAGCAUGUCCUCGCGCAAGAUCUCGUCGGAGUCGUUCAGCUCGGUGGGUUCCGACUGCCUCGAGAGCCCCGACGAUGCCGAGUGCCCGUUCUCGCGCGCCUUCUGGAACGGCCGGAGCCCCGCGGAGACGCGCGCGUGUCCGUUCGACGACCAGGUUGCCACGGGAGCGAGAAGGGCCGCCAGGAGGAAGCGCGUGAAUUUGGACUCGCUAGGAGAGAGUCUGAGACGGCUCACUUCACCCACGACACAGACGAUCGAGCAGGCUUUGCAGAGAACUGUGGACUUCUACAGACAGAGAAAUAACAGCAGUGAGGACGGAUCUGACCAGAAACAUGGAUUAGAAAAAUGUCCGUUUGUAAACUCCCAGUCUGACAACCAAACUGACAUCUCAGGAAUUCUGCAGUAUACAGCGGCAAUAGUGGGUGUGGGGUUCCCGACCCUCCGGGAGCGUUUCGGUGAAGAAUUCUUUGGACUUUGUCUAGAGGAGAACGAGCGAGUUCUCCGUGCUCUGGGUGGGAACUUGCAAGACUUCUUUAACGGAUUUGAUGCUCUACUGGAGCACGCCAGGACUUCGUACGGCCGCAGAGCGUCUUCGGAGUCAGCGUCCUUUCUGUGCAAGGAUACGGAGGAAAACAGAGAUGAUGAUGGAGGAGGAAGAACCCUGCUUCUGCACUGCUUUAACCCCGAUCCUACGGUGGGCGUGGCCAUGCCAGGGUUGAUCCGAGCUGCCGCUCGCCGCAUUUACCAAGCAGAAGUUGAGGUGGAGGAGGCUCCACCCACACGUCUCCGUGCAAUUAACGAGGAUGGAGAAAUCUCUGAUCGCUCUACCCCAUCAUCAUCUCCAUCUCCACCCACUUUCUCAUCCCCUGGCUGUUUGUCGUUCCUCAUCCGAGAAGUUCGGAUCGCGUCGUCCUUGCCAUUGCCGUCAUCAAUGUCCUCACGUGAGCUGUCACACUCGCCGACGGACCUCCGGAUCGGACUGAGCACCUUCUGCAGAGCGUUUCCAUUUCACCUCAUCAUUGGCCCCAACAUGGAAGUUCUGCAGGUGGGGGUGGGGCUAAAGAAUGUCGGGGAGGGGAUUAGGAAGCCACACAGGACGCUGAGCUUCAGUGACAGCUUCCAGCUCGUCUCUCCGAGAAUUCCUUGCUCUUUCCAGAACAUUCUGCUGCGGCUGUCUACUCCGUUCACCAUUCGCACCAGGCCAGACCCGUCUGCUCUGGAGAGCAGGGAGAAGGUCAUGGAACUGAAGGGUCAGAUGAUUCAUCUUCCAGAGUCGAACUCCAUCAUGUUCCUGGGCUCGCCUCGUGUCGAUAGGUUGGAGGAGCUAAUGGGGCGUGGCUUACAUCUUUCAGACAUCCCUAUCCAUGAUGCCACUCGUGAUGUCAUACUGGUGGGCGAGCAGGCAAAGGCUCAGGAUGGCUUGAAGAAGCGCAUGGACAAGCUAAAGGCCACACUGGAGCGAACGCAUCGCGCACUGGAGGAGGAGAAGCGACGCACCGUCGAGCUUCUCUACUCCAUCUUCCCAGGCCAUGUGGCACAGAGACUCUGGCAGGGACUUCCUGUCCAGGCCAAAAAGUUUGAUGAUGUCACCAUGUUGUUCUCUGACAUCGUAGGAUUUACGGCCGUGUGCGAACACUGCACACCGAUGCAGGUCAUCAGCAUGCUGAACGAGCUGUACACGCGCUUCGACUACCAAUGUGGUGUGCUUGAUGUCUACAAGAUUGAAACCAUCGGCGAUGCGUACUGUGUGGCUGCAGGGCUCCACAGGAAAUGUGUCUGUCACGCCAGGCCGAUUGCGUUAAUGGCACUGAAGAUGAUCGAGCUCUCAGAGGAGGUUCUCACACCCGACGGAAAGCCCAUCAAGCUGCGUAUAGGGAUCCACUCGGGUUCUGUGUUAGCUGGAGUGGUUGGUGUGAAGAUGCCGCGUUACUGUUUGUUCGGUAACAACGUCACACUCGCCAGCAAGUUCGAGUCCGGCAGCCAACCGCGGCGCAUUAACGUUUCCCCAACAACGUACCAGUUCCUUCAUGACGAUCGCUCGUUCUCUUUCAUCUCUCGCUCCCGUCAGGAGCUUCCUGAAAACUUUCCCAAAGAGAUUCCAGGACUCUGCUACUUCCUGGAGGCCGGGAAAUCUGGUCAAGGAAGCCACACCUCCUUGACCAACACUCGUUCAGCCCCCAUCCGAAAAGCAUCCUAUAACAUCGGGACCAUGUUUCUACGUGAAACCAGCCUCUGAGGAAAGCCCUGCUUACCUCCUAUGCCGCUACUUAAACCAUGCCUAUAAGGCCAGAGGUGCCUGUGGCAACCAGUGGCUCCUCCUGGAGCACGUCGCUACCUGCAACUCCGCCCUGACCCCACAUCACCCCUUUCCUGUCCCAGAGCCCCCUGCGACCUGCCCCACAGUCCCAUGCAGAGCUGAUGAGAAGGUCUGCAGGAACAAGAAAUGAAUAUUCAUGAAUAUUCAAAUUUGACUUUAAAAGAAUUAUGGACAUUUGCAUUAAGCCUUUUGCUCCACACAUAUUAUAUGCACAACAACAACAACAACACACACACAAGCACACAAAACACACAAAAUAUAAGCAUAUACAAUAUACACAUGGCUCUCAGCAACUUAUGAACCUGGUGCCUUCUGAUAAAUAAACACAAUGUGUUUGUGUGUGUGUGUGUGUGUGAGAGAGAGAGAGAGAGAGAGAGAGAGACAGUGUGUGUUUGAGUGUUUCAGCUUGUGAGGCCCCCUGCUUUAAUUUCAUUCAGACUGGACUGUCAGCCAUUCUCCAUCCAUUCACACUACACCAACACCUGUCAAUCAAGCUCAGCCCUCCAUUCACACCACACCAACUUCUGUCAAUCAAGCUCAGCCCUCCAUUAACACUACACCAACACCUGUCAAUCGAGCUCAGCCCUCCAUUCACACCACACCAACACCUGUCAAUUGAGCUCAGCCCUCCAUUCACACCACACCAACACCUGUCAAUCAAACGCAGCCCUCCAUUAACACUACACCAACACCUGUCAAUGGAGCUCAGCCCUCCAUUGACACUACACCAACACCUGUCAAUCGAGCUCAGCCCUCCAUUCACACCACACCAACACCUGUCAAUUGAGCUCAGCCCUCCAUUCACACCACACCAACACCUGUCAAUCAAACGCAGCCCUCCAUUAACACUACACCAACACCUGUCAAUCAAACGCAGCCCUCCAUUAACACUACACCAACACCUGUCAAUGGAGCUCAGCCCUCCAUUAACACUACACCAACACCUGUCAAUCAAACUAGCCCUCCAUUCACACCACACCAACACCUGUCAAUCAAGCUCAGCCCUCCAUUCACACUACACCAACACCUGUCAAUCAAAAUCAGCCCUCCAUUCACACCACACCAACACCUGUCAAUCAAGCUCAGCCCUCCAUUCACACUACACCAACACCUGUCAAUCGAGCUCAGCCCUCCAUUCACACCACACCAACACCUGUCAAUCGAGCUCAGCCCUCCAUUCACACCACACCAACACCUGUCAAUCAAACGCAGCCCUCCAUUAACACUACACCAACACCUGUCAAUGGAGCUCAGCCCUCCAUUGACACUACACCAACACCUGUCAAUCAAACUAGCCCUCCAUUCACACCACACCAACACCUGUCAAUCAAGCUCAGCCCUCCAUUCACACUACACCAACACCUGUCAAUCAAAAUCAGCCCUCCAUUCACACCACACCAACACCUGUCAAUCAAGCUCAGCCCUCCAUUCACACUACACCAACACCUGUCAAUCAAACUCAGCCCUCCAUUCACACCACACCAACACUCUUUCAGUAACAUCAUGCCCUGACCCAAUACCAAUCCAUCGAACCCAGCCCACCAAUCACACUGCAAUAAAAACUCAGUCAAAUCCAGCACUCCAAUCACAUCACACUAAAGGCAGUCUAUCAAGCCGAACCCUCUAAUCUCACCAUACAAAGAGCUGUCAAUCAAACCCAGCCCUCCAAUCACAUCACAUCAACAUGUCAAUCAAACCAAGACCUGUCAAUCAAACCCAGCCCUCCAAACACAUCCAGAGCUGUCAAAUAAACUUAAAUUAACUCUAAUUAAACCACAACAAAACCUGUUAAUCAUUUUCCACAAUAUCAAUAAAAUGAAGUAUAGCUUACAGCG